ACAUCCUGCUCUACAUCGAGUAUUGUGUGUUCUCACCAGAUGUGUGGCUACACGGUGCUUUGACACACACCGUCAGGUGCGUCUCUCACACAGGCACAAGACAGACAGAGGGACAAUCGGACAGACAGACAGAGAGACAGACAGACAGAGAUCCAGGAUGAGUCGCCUCCUGAACGUGCUGCGGAGCUGGCUACUGAUGGUGUCCGUCAUCGCGGUGGGCAACACGCUGCAGAGCUUCAGAGAUCACAGCUUCCUGUCGGAGAAGCUCUACACGGGCGCGCCGGAGUUUGUGAAUGGUCUCCAAGCUCGGACAUUCGGCAUCUGGACAUUGCUGUCAUCGAUCAUCCGCUGUGCCUGUGCCAUUGAUAUUCAGAACAAGACGCUGUAUCACAUCACCUUGUGGACAUUUGUGUUGGCGCUAGGACACUUUCUGUCCGAAGCCUUCAUCUACAAAACCGCCCCUCUGACUAUCGGGGUCAUGGCGCCGCUCCUCGUGGCAAGUUUCUCUAUUGUCGGAAUGCUGAUUGGAUUCCAGUGUGUUCCAGACACUCAUGAAGAAGUGGGAGCACGACGGAAGAAACGUAACUGAGUCCCAGCACCAAACGGUUUUGGAGUGGACUUGUCCUGCUUGUGCUGCUUCUGGCCUUGAGGAGCAUGAGACUUGGAUGUGCUUUUCAUUUAAAACUGGGACACUAUCUAAAGACUGUACACAAAACAUUCUGCCUCGAUGUAAUUCAUGAUUUUUAACUGGACAUUUUACAGUUGACAGUGCAAUUGCAUGUCAUGUGAAAAUCAUCCUGUUAUGAGUGAGGUGUUGCUGAGUUAAGAGAUCAGAGAAAUUAUUCAAAGCAGAUGCUCUUCAUCACAAAAUAUCACAUCAACUUAAAUUAGCAAUUGUUUUGUUUCUGUGAAAGUUUGUACACCCUGUGAACUUCUGCUCUUUUUAAAAAUUAAAUAAUACGAUUUUUAAAUGUUCUAUUGGAGUAAUAUGCUAAUGAGAUGUAUUUCUGAUCACUUGUGUUAAAUGCGCAGACAUCUUGUUGUCAGGGGUGUGAUUGUGUUCUUACGUUGUUUUGAUAAAUGUGUGAUAUCAUGCACUGCUUAAAUGUUAUAUUUGGGUUCCUCAGCUAGGUGUUUUCAUGAUUGUUUUCAGCGCUGACUUUGGCUUCAUUGAGAUGGAUUAAAGUGCAGAAAACACUCAGAAA